UUUCUGGCAUUCAGCUGUACACAAUAAAAGUAAAUCGUGCCCCUUUCUCCAACAACUAAAAUGAAAGGAGGAUCCAAACAAAGUAAAGUAGUAAGUAUCUACAGUUGUAAGUUUCUAACCCAUAUUCUAGUAUGUUGGUGCAUGCAACAUCGCACUGGACGCGCUCUAUAAGGAAAAGAUGCUGCCCUGUUUUACUUGGAGAUCAUAUCGUAACACAAGUAUCAUAUUUCUUGAUUUUUCCAGUGCAUGCAAGAAAACGCACCCUUCUUUUCCUACAAUCCAUGAGGUAGUCCCAAGAUUAUUUCCAAAUGUCACCUGUUACUGGGAUUUCACUUCAUAUUAGCUUGAUAGAUAUAUAUAUAGUUUCACACCGACUAGAGUCCAAAAUCUCUCUUGUCCCAAAUGGCUUCUGACCUGCUAAAACUUCUACUUUCACUCGUACACUUCACUUUCUACUUCCCAGCAACAUCCCAAACCUUACCCUCAUAUCCUGGUCGCCAGGGUGAGUGGAACCAGCUGCAGUCUAACAUAGGCAUAACAGCAAUGCACAUGCAGCUUCUGCAUGAUAACAAAGUCAUCAUUUACGACCGUACAGAUUUCGGGAGAUCCAACGUCUCCCUCCCCCACCGUCGCUGCCGGCACGACUCUCGUGACCAGGCUCUUGAAGUGGAUUGCACUGCACACACUAUCCUGUAUGACUUGGACACCAACUCAUUCCGUCCCCUAACGAUUCAGACUGAUGUGUGGUGCUCUUCUGCGUCAGUUAUACCUAAUGGAACCUUAAUUCAGACAGGUGGGUACAAUGACGGCGACCAUGUAAUGCGCUCAUUUACUUCAUGCUUGAAUGAUGAUUGUGAUUGGAUUGAAUUUCGAGAUUAUCUAAGAGAAAGAAGAUGGUACGCAAGUAAUCAAAUCUUGCCUGAUGGAAGAAUUAUAAUUGUUGGUGGUAGAAGAGCAUAUACUUACGAGUUUUACCCUUCUGUUUCGCGAACCUUUUGGCUUAGUUUUUUGAGAGAAACUCGUGAUGGUAAUAGUGAAAACAAUUUGUAUCCAUUUCUACACCUCUUACCUGAUGGAAACUUGUUCAUCUUCGCUAACACAAGAUCAAUAUUAUUAGAUUACAACAGAAAUCAUGUAAUUAGAGAAUUUCCCCGGAUACCUAAUCACGAUCCUCGUAAUUAUCCAAGCACAGGGUCUUCAGUUUUACUUCCUCUUGAUGAAAACAGUGACAGUAUUCGAGCUGAGAUCUUGAUUUGCGGAGGUGCACCAAGAGGUUCAUUUGAACGAAACGCACGCAGAGUCUUUGAAGGUGCAAUUUCUUCAUGCGGGCGGCUUGUAGUCACUCGUCACAACCCUAGCUGGGAUAUGGAAACCAUGCCAACUCCACGAGUCAUGAGCGACAUGCUACUUCUUCCAACUGGUGAUAUCAUCAUAAUCAAUGGCGCCCAAUCAGGCACCGCGGGUUAUGAUGCUGCUCGCAAUCCUAUAACCAAUCCAUUCAUAUACCGCCCACAUCAAUCGUCUAAUAGGCGUUUCUCAGUAAUGACACCAUCACAAAAACCAAGAAUGUAUCACUCAUCAGCAAUUCUGCUUCCUGAUGGACGUGUAUUAGUAGGGGGAAGUAAUCCUCAACCUACUUAUCAAUUUACCAACGUUUUUUACCCAACAGACCUAAGUUUGGAGACAUUUUCACCACCAUACUUAUCAGAUGAGUAUACACAAAUAAGGCCAAGUGUUUUAUCUCUAGACAAGAGUACUUUAGGGUAUGGGAACGCUUCAGCAUUUAGGGUAAGGUUUCAUGUCGAAGAAUAUAUAUCAGAUAAUGUAUUAUCAGUAAGAAUAGUUGCACCUUCUUUCACUACACAUUCAUUUGCCAUGAACCAAAGGAUGGUGGUGCUGAAGAUGAAUUCUAUUGAAGCUGAAACAUCCAACACGUAUGCUUUGCAUGUUGCUGGACCAUCAACGGUUCAGAUUGCACCACCGGGGUACUACUUGUUGUUUGUUGUCCAUGCUGGUACACCUAGUAAUGGUUCCUGGGUGAAGAUACAGUGAUGGUGAAGGUUGUUCAGGUUUUGCUAAAGAAAACAUGCACAUGGUACUAGUUUAUGUCAUAUAUAUAUGUAUAUAGCAAUAGAGAAAAGGGUAAUAAUUGGGAACCGUGAUUCCACUUGCCAAUUAAUCAAUUAAUAAAAAAAACAUUAC